AGUAAAAAAAAUUGCGGUUUGGAAAUCAAAACAAAACAACGUGGUUAUAUAUUUUAAUAUAAAUAAAUGGUUUAGCGUAGAUUCACAAUUUUACCAAAGUAAAAUAUUUAAUGAAGUACAAUGGGUUUGACCAAACAAUACUUACGGUAUGCGCCAAGUGGGACGUUUAAUAUAAUUGCUAGUCCUGAUUGCAACAGCACUCAUGUAGCCUUAAAUGGAAUUAGUGGAAGAUAUGUUGCUGUAGGUGCAUGUGAACAUGUUGUGAUAUGGGACAUGCGAUUAGGAGAGAAGGCACAAGUUAUUCCAGGCGAAAAAACAAUAGUAUCCCAAAUAGCAGCCAGUCCAACAGGAAAUCAUAUGGCUGUAGGGUAUGUCGAUGGUAACAUAAAUGUGUUUGAGCUGAGUAACAAUGAAAUAGUAUGUGUGUUUGCUGGCCACAAAUCAGCAGUUACUUGCCUGCAGUAUGAUGAGCAAGGACACAGAAUAGUAUCUGGGUCAAAGGACACGGAAGUGAUAUUAUGGGAUGUUGUAUCAGAAACAGGUGUAGCAAGGUUUAGUGGACAUAAAGGGGCUAUAACAAGUGUUCUCUUCAUUAAUGGAAGGAACUGUGUUGUAAGCUCUUCGAAAGACACCUUUGUUAAGUUCUGGGAUGUGGAAACCAAACAUUGUUUUAAGACUCUUGGUGGACAUCAAAUGGAGGUGUGGUCAGCUGUUCUUCUAAAAGAGGAAAGAUACUUGGUAACAGGCACUAUGGAUCAGGAGCUGAGAGUUUGGAAACUGGUUUGGACGGACAAAGUGAAGGAGGAAGACAAAAUAGCACAACAAUUGGAAAUUGUUAAACUGGAAGAUUCAGAGGGUACAGAAGAUAGUUCGCUUUUGCAAUGUCAUCAAGUUGGCACACUGGUCAGAGGAGGCAAGGGCCGUGUUGUGAGCCUAGUGACUGACCUAGGACAGUCAUGUCUGGCAUGCUUCGGUACCGAUUCAUUGUUGGAACUGUUCUCGUUUUGUUCUGACGAUGAAGCAAAGACUCGUAUGACAAAACGAAUAAAAAAACAAAGAAAAAAGUUAGCGAAACAAACAGAGAACUCAGAAGAGCCAACUGUUUCAGAAAUACCUGAAGUCCUUACUUUGUCUGAUGAAGUAAGACGGCUGAGCUCUGUUAAGUUAUCAGCCAAAAUAAAAUCUGCUACAUUGCUCCUCGGUGUGACCGGGGAGCUGAGAUUAGGAGUUACUCUAUCUACUAACACGGUUGAACUGCAUAGCUUGGAUAUAACUGAAGGAAACGAAGUGAAAUGUCUCAAGCAAAUAACUCAUCCGGGACAUCAGAGGGAACCAAGAUGUGUAGCGAUGAGUUCAGAUAACCUGGCUGUUCUGUCAGCUUCAGUUGACUCCAUCAAAUUGUGGAAUAGAAGCAGCCAAUCAUGUCUCCGCACGGUGGCGGUGCCAUGUGGUCGACCAAUCAGCGCGUGUUUCGCGCCGGGUGACCGGCACGCAUUGGUCGGAUGCGCAGACGGCAGCUUGCUAUUGGUGGACGUGGCCGCUGCGACAAUACUCGAGCAGGUUCCCGCGCACUCCACCAAUUGCGCCGCAAUUGGUCUCACACCUGAUAUGAGAGGCUGCUACUCCGGGGGCGGUGAUAAAACAGUGAAACUAUGGCAGUUCGAGUUGAUUGAUGAUCCUACAGGAGAGUCUAAGGCAAAGGUUCUAUCGUUGCUUCACACGCGGACCCUGGAGCUGGAGGAGAGUGUAACGGCGGUCAGGAUAUCACCCAACAACAAGUUCAUCGCUGUAGCUCUUCUGGAUUCAACUGUCAAAAUAUUCUUCCUUGACACAUUUAAGUUCUACCUGUCCCUCUACGGUCACAAGUUGCCCGUACUAUCUCUGGACAUCAGCUAUGACUCCGCUCUGAUCGCCACCGGGUCUUCGGACAGGAAUGUCAAGAUCUGGGGCAUGGACUUCGGGGACUGUCACAAGUCGAUCUUCGCGCACAACGACUCGGUGACCGCACUUGCGUUCGUUCCCAGCACGCAUUACUUCUUCACGGCCUCGAAGGAUGGGAAAGUGAAACAGUGGGACGCGGAUUCAUAUGACAAUAUCAUCACGCUGCAUGGUCAUUCAGGCGAGUGCAGAGACUUGAGUGUGGGUUCCGGCGGCCUUCACGUGGUUUCGUGCGGCUCCGAUUGUUCGCUCCGACUGUACUCUCGCACGGACGAACCGCUGGUGCUGGGAGACACGGAUGAGGCCGACGAGGGUCUGGCCACUGGAGAACAACACACGACUGUACCUGGUCUGCCGGGGUUGAAUAUGCCAACGAAGAAGACAAUUGGAGCGGAGAAAGCGGCGGACUCAAUAUUCGAGUGCCUGUGUGUGGGGGCGGAGUACCGGCAGCUCGCGAGCGAGGCCCGGGGCGCCGCCGUGCAACCUCCGCUGUUGAUGGCGGCCUACAACUGUUGGACGCCCGAGGACUUCCUGCUGGAGACUGUGAAGAGAAUACGAUCGAGCGACUUGGAGGAAGCGCUUUUGUUGGUGCCGUUCAACUCUGCGUGCGAAAUUCUCAAGAUGUUGCCCAACAUUCUGGAGCGCUCCGACUGCACCGAGCUGGUCUGCCGGCUGGCGCUAUUCCUGCUGCGGAUCCACCACGCGCCGCUCAUUGCCAACCACCAGCUUCUGAAGCACAUCAUCCAGAUCCAGGCGAAGGCAGCGAUCAAACUCACUGAGCUGAGGGACAUGGUAGGAUUCAAUGUACACGCGCUGAAAUGGAUGCAUCGCGACGUGGAAGAGCGAGAGAGUCUGCAACUGUUCCGAACAGCCACGACGGAUAGGAAGGAGCGAGACAGACGCAACCGUCGGAGACAGGCGGUCAAGCGACCCAUACUUACCGUUAACUGAAUAUGUACAUAAAAUAUAGUUAUAAAGUUGAUGUAAGAU